AUGGCGGCGCUGCAGACGCAGCUGGUGCUGGCUUGGGCCAAAGCCCUCACCGAGCUCGUCACGGUGGAGAAGAAGAACAUCAUAGCGCUGACAGAGAUUGCGCGCGAUGCGCUACGCUCCGAGCCGCAGUCGGCGCCCAGCCUGGCCAACCUGCUCACCAGCCGCAUCGUGCAGGCGCCCCCCUCCCAGAAGCUGCCUGUGCUGUACUUGCUGGACUCCAUCUCCAAGCUGGUGGGGGAGCCGUACAAGACGCUCUUCUCGCCCGCGCUGCCAGAGGCCUACAUGAGCACCUGGCAGCACGGCGGCGCAGGCCUGCACCGCCCCCUGGACAAGCUGCUGGGCACCUGGUCUGGCGUGUUCCCCACCCCCGUGCUCAACGACAUCUACGGCCGCCUGGCGGCGCUCAGGGCGGCGCAGGCCCCGCUGCACGUGCAGCAGCCGGCCGCUGCGGCGGCGCCAAACGGCUACGGCGGCGGCGGCGGCGGCGGUUUUGGGUACGCGCCCUUGGUGGCGGCGCCCACAUUGGGGCCGCCCGUGCAGCCGAUGCAGCCGAUGGCCGCCGACCCGCGGCUAGUGCAGAUGCAGCCGCCGCAGCAACCGGGAGGGGGCGGCUACGGACAGGCAGCGGGGCCAUACCAGCAGCAGGCGGGGGGCGCGCCGUACGACGCCUACCCAGGGCCCGCCCCGCAGCCAGCGUACUACCAGCAGCAGCAGCAGCCUGUCUACCAGCAGCCGCCGGCAGCCGCCCCGCUGCAGCAGCAGGCGGGGCCGCAGGUCAGCGUGCCUGACCUGCUGUCCUCGCUGAUGGAUGCCGGCCUGCUGUCGGCCCCUGGCAUGCAGCCAGGCGCCGCGGCGCAGCCGCUGGCCUCUGGCGGCAGCGGGCUGCUGGCCACGCCGCCCUACGCGGCAGCCGUCACAGCCACGCCGCCAUAUGCACCUGCUGCUACAGCCACGCCCGAGCGCGAGCAGCCAGCCUCCACUCGCUUCACCCCAGAACGGAUAAAGGAGCCCAACCCAUCGGCGGUGUCCCGCCUGCUGCGCCAGACAGAAGCCACCAAGUCGCGCUUCCUCGACCGCAAGUUCCUGCGCCGCCAGCAGAAGGCUGGUGGAGCAGCCGCCCGCGCCUCCCGCCUCUGGUACGUCGACCUCGACACCUGGAUGGCAAGCACCGUGGGCGCGGUGCCUGGCGGCGGCGGCGCGUCGGGGGCCGUGGGAGCGGGGCGCGUGGCGCAGCAGGUGGCAGCAGCGCCUCCCGAGAAGCACAGCGUGCCGGUGGACGACGCACAGACGCACUGCGCGCUGUCGGGCGAGCAGUUUGAGCAGUUUUGGGACGAGGAGCACCAGGAGUGGCGGUAUCGCGACGCCAGGGCGCUGGGCGCGGAGGAGGCGGCCAGCUACGGGCUGCAUGAGGGAGCCAUCGUGCUGGUCAGCGCCCUGGGCCGGCCUGAUGCCAGCGUUCUGCAGCCUGCCCCAGACGCCGGCGUCGGCGGCGGCGUGCUGGCGCAGCUGCAGGCGCAGCAGGAGAUCGCGGCAGACUUGGCGGCGGCGGCGGCGGCGGGGGAGCACGCGGGUGGCGGCGAGGGGGAUGUGAAGCCUGGCCUGAAGCAUGCGCUGGAGGAGGACUCUGCAGAGGGGGAGGCGCCACUGGAGAAGCGAGCCAGGCUGGUCUGA